AUGGUUACAACCAGAGGUUUGGGUCGGGCUUUAGGCAGGGUUAUAGGAAGAGCCUUAGGGAGAGAAGUUAGUGGUGAUGCGGAUGAAGCCCCUCAGCGGCGAAGGCCCACAACAUCUGCACAUAGGCAAUGGGAAGCUGCACCUAUUGAUGAGGAUGUUGAGCGUUUGGAUUAUGCAGUUGACGAGAUCCAAGAACAGCCUGAAGGGGCAACUGCUGAUGAUGCAGUUACUCAUGCCGAAGGUUUUCUAGGUAGGCCCCAUGAUACAUCAUUUUUUAUGGACUAUGUUCAUCAUGUGGUAGUGACAGUUUGGAAUGAAGAGGAACAUUCUGAGUUGAAGUUGUCCUCCCAUGGAAGGAAAGUAGAGAAAUUUGGCAGGCCUGCUCCAAAGAUUGAAGACUUAGUUGCUACCAUAGGAUUAAGUCCUCUGAUUGCAUGUUCCUUGGACACUAAUGAUCGGAGACUUAUAUCUGCUUUUACGGAGAGGUGA